AUGACGUGGUUUUAUCAAGCAGAAAAUGAACGUACCAACACAAAAAUCACUGAGGAAGGAGCGGUACCGAACAGUUCCAUCAACUUUCAACCGAUUGUAGAGUCAGCGAAUGGAAAAUACACUUGUGUGGUAAAGCAUGAGGAUGGUAAACGUUUCAAUGACAUUUACGAGUUGAACGCCACAGAAUGCCAACCCAACUAUUACGGGAAGGUUUGUAGCCAAGUGUGUAACUGUCAGUACGGAGGGACGUGUGACAGGUGGGAGGGUUGUCUGUGUCCUCCGGGCCGUCGUGGAGACAGGUGUGAGCACACAUGCGCACCUGGCACCUUCGGGUGGAACUGCAGCAUGGGCUGCUACUGUGAGAACAGCGCCCCGUGUGACGCAGUGAAUGGCAGCUGCAUUUGUGCCGAAGGGCAGUCGGGCGAGUUUUGUCAGAUCGUGUCCAGCGUUGGAAAUAAUCAAGUCGUCGUUAUGGUGUUGGCAUCUGUUCUUCCGACCAUUGCUGUAAUCGGUUGUAUCGUGACUGGAGUCCUGGUAAAACAGCGUAGGCGGCGCCCAACUCCAAGAAACACAAAACAGACAGAUAUCAACCUAGACGUCAUGGAAACUCUGUCAUCUUGGGAAGUGGACAAAGAGGACAUCAUUAAUUUCGAACACAUGAUCGGCGAGGGAGAGUUCGGCCAUGUUGUGAGGGGAAGACUGCGUGUGCCCCAAGGCUACCAGGUUUUGGUCGCCGCCAAAAGUAUCCGGCCCGACCGCGUGACAGCGUCGGCUGCCCGCGACUUUCGACGCGAGAUGCACAUCCUCGCCAGGAUCCACGAGGACAAAGAGGGGCACCCGAAUGUGGUGAAGUUUUAUGGAGUCGUGACCAAGUCGGAGCCUCAGUACAUUCUUGUUGAGUACGCUAUGAAUGAGGACCUGCGGCGGUACCUGUGGACUAUAAGAGAGGAGCGUAAGACCACAGGACAUACGAAACUGUUAGAACGGCUCAAUUUUGCUCAUGACGUGGCCAGCGGGUUAUCAGAGCUGGCGCGUCUGAAGAUCGUGCACCGGGACAUCGCAGCUCGCAAUGUCGUCAUCAGCGACAGGAAGGUGGCUAAGAUCGCGGACUUCGGGCUGUCGCGUGACGUCUACGUGUCGUCGGCGUACAAACGCACCAACCAGGGCGGGGAGGAGGAGCUGUUGCCGCUGAAGUGGAUGGCGGUGGAGUCGUUACGGGACGGGGUGUACACGUGCGAGAGUGACGUUUGGUCCUACGGCGUGCUGCUGUGGGAGAUCGCCAGUUUUGGGGAGGAGCCGCGCUAUGCUGGUGGCCCGAUGCACCCGGACGUGUGCACGCUGUUGGAGCUGCUGAGGAAAGGAGUCCGUCUGCAGCAGCCGGAGAACUGCUCACAGCCGCUGUACCGCAUCAUCAGGUCCUGCUGGAUAGUGGACCCGUCGAAGCGACCGACUCCAGAGGAACUGUUGGCCAAGAUAGAUCAACUGAAGCCGCCGAGGCAUGCCGCUCACCUGGUCAAUCAUGAUCUUCGCUAACAACGCGUCUGUCCAGAGAUGUGUCGUUAUUUGUGUUACAGUUUGCUUGAAAGUCGACGUUUACUAGUUUAGGGGAAACGGAAUA